AUGAAUGUCCACCAGAACUGUUGCGCUGACCUAAAAGUCCACAACCGUGUUCACACUGGAGAGAAAUUGUACAGCUGUGACGAAUGUGGGAAAGCUUUCAUUACAUCAAGAAAACUUCAAGUCCACCAACGUGUUCACACUGGAGAGAAACCGCACUGGUGUGAACAUUGUGGAAAAACUUUUACUCAGUCAAGUCACCUUAAAAUCCACCAACAUGUUCACACUGGAGAGAAACCGUACUGGUGUGAACAGUGUGGAAAAACGUUCACUACAUCAAGUCACCUAAAAAUCCACCAACGUGUUCACACUGGAGAGAAUAUGCACAGCUGUGAACAAUGUGGUAAAGCUUUCACUACAUCAAGUGAACUUCAAAAGCACCAACGUGUUCACACUGGAGAAAAACCGUACUGGUGUGAACAAUGUGGGAAAACUUUCGCUCAAUCAGGUAACCUGAAACUCCACCAACGUGUUCACACUGGAGAGAAACCGUACUGGUGUGAACAGUGUGGGAAAACUUUCACUCAAUCAGGUGCCCUAAAAAUCCACCAACGUGUUCACACUGCAGUGACAUCGUAAAGCUCUGGCCAAUGUUCCAAAAGGAGAUCCCUUAAAAGACACAAAUGCAUUCACAAAGCAUCAGUACAAUACAACCACCUGUUAUCAUGUGACUGUGUUGGACUGACGUCAUUUGAUGACAGCUGACG